AUGAAGGAGGAAAAGAUAGAGUGGAGAGUAGAGGACAAUUUUAUUGAAACAACUAUUAAGUAGUUAUUCCUUAUUCAUUAAUUUUUCCAGGGAUAUGUGAUUAGCAACAGCAAAAGACAUAUAAGCAACUUUGUACUUAAUAUUUUACAUGGUUUUUAUUGAUGAAUCACUUCUGUUUUUGUUUUUUUUUUAUGCGAGUUUUGUUUAUGGUGGAGUUAAUCAGUGUAUCCUUGGAGGGGUACACCUGCUCUUAAAUCAUAGCCAGAGUAGAGGUAAUGACUAAGAGGCUGGUGUAGGAAGCAGAAUCCCAGAGCCAAGCUGAAAGAUAAUUUCAUAGAGAAACUCUAAUGGAUUCUAUUUACCUGUAGUUUUUACCAUUGUAGUCUUUGCAGCACAGCAGCUGAUAUUAAAGAAGGAAUAUUAAGGAAAUGUGGUAGCUCCUAUUCAGAAGUGACUUAAUAGGCUUUGGUCUGGCAGUGGUGCUGAUGUUGUGGUCCAUUACAUUGCUUCUCCUGCCACUAGGUGGAAUAGCUACUAUUUUCUGUGAGUCAAGAGUCUUAGCUGCAUCCUCCACCCAGGAUCUUAGAAGGCUGCAUUCAAGAUGUUCCAGAUGUGGUCUCAUCACGGGCUUGUCUUGGAAAGGAUCUAAGUACAAGUUCACUCAGGAGUUUGGAAAAAGCUUGGUUGGCCAUUUCUGUCUUGGAGUCUCUCAUGCAGUUACAGUCCUAUGUCAGCAACUUGAAUUGGUGGAACCAAGUGGCUGGAUUCACGUUCCCUUAACUGAUAAUCAUAAGAAGCCCACUCGCACAUUCAUGAUACAGAUUGCUGUUCUAGCCAAUCACCAAAAUGGAAGAGACACCCACAUGAGACAAAUUAAAAUAUACACACCAGUGGAAGAGAGCUCCAUUGGCAAAUUUCCUAGAUGUACAACUAUUGAUUUCAUGAUGUAUCGUUCAAUAAGGUGACCUUAACACAGAACAAAAGUCAUUAAACGUACCUUUGUUUUAUCUUGUCAGUAAAUAUUAUAUCUGGAAUCUUUAUUGAAAAAAACAUCAGUUAUUUUGCAAUUUUGUAUGCAUUGAAGAGUAUUUUAUUGUAACUUUAACAAAUAAAUUUUGGGUCAUACUAUUUUUAUUUUCUUUAACAUAUAAUAAAGCUCACAUAUUUUACAUUAUUAAAAAAGUAUUUGAAGCCCCUCAUUAAAUUUUUCAUUAUAUCAAAAGAAAAACAAUUGAACUGAGUAUUUUAAGAGAUACGCCAUUUUUAAUAACCAAGUUAUUAUUUCAUAUAGUGGUCAUGUGUUAAAGUAAUGAUUUAUUGCAUGUUUGGGAACAGUACUAUGUUCUAUCAAUUAAUAGGCCAAAACUAUUCUUUUUUUCCCCCUCUCUCUAGAGGAAGCUUAUUCUUUUAAUACUGGGCCUUUUAAAAAAUAGUGUCAAAAUAGGCUUAGCAUUAGAUAUCUGAUGAGAACCAUUCUGAUUUGGGGAAUAUAGUUAAUUGUAUCAUAAUUACUUCCAUGAAAUACUUUUAAUCCCAGGGUUCUCUGUAUCCCGAUAUUGUGUCAGAGAUUGCCAGUAUCAUCUGCUAUUUAUUCUAAUGCUAGUGCUGCUUAUAGUAGAUGUUUUUUUUUUAAUUUGUGUCUGACACAGGAGCAUUCUCUGAGGGAUGAUAAUAUGUCUCAUAAAAAUUUUUUAAAUGUAUAAAAUUGUUCUUUGUAUAUGAAAAUAUUUUAAAGGAGCUUAAAUAUGUUUUCUUUCCAUGGUUUAAAAUGAAUAGAUUUGAUUCUGUAUGGUUUUUCUUUUUUUCCCCCUAUAUCUACUACUUUUUAGGAGGAUGGUUAUUUAGCCACAGAACUUACCCAGAUUGGCUCUUAUGUUUAGGAAAGGUUCCUGGGUGGUUCUUGCAUUGCUUGGUAAACUGAAGUCUUGAAUAGUAAAGUUUUAGAUCUUUUUUUUUUUUUUUUUUUUUUUACUUGAAGUAUACUUAACAUACAGUGUUCUAUUUGUUCCAGGGUGUGUAACAGUAAUUUGACAAUUCUAUACGUUAUGCAUUGCUCACCACAAUAAGUAUAGUUACCAUCUGUCACUAUACAAAGUUGUUGCAGUAUUAUUGAUUAUAUUUUCUAUGCUGUACCUUUCAUCUCCAUGACUUAUUUAUUUUAGAACUGAAAGUCUGUGCCUCUUAAUCCCCUCCACCUAUUUUACCCAUCCUCCUUAUCCCCUCCCCCAUAGCAACCACCAAUUCUCUAUAUCUAAGAGUUUGUUUUAUUUUUUAGACUAUGCAUAUAAGUGAAAUCAGAUGGUAUUUGCCUUUCUCUAUUUGACUUCCUUCAUUUAGCAUUAUAGCCUCUAAGUCCCUCCAUGUUGUAAAUGGCAAGAUCUCAUUCUUUUUUGUGGCUGAGUAAUAUUCCAUUGUGUAUGUAUUUAUAUAGUACAUCUUCUUUACCUUUUCAUCUACUGAUGGACACUUGGGU